AUGGCACUCGCGGACAUCCUUCUUUUGGUUCAGCGGCAUUCGGUCGCCGAUGCACGCUCGAUUACAGUGGGGCAAUUCGCGUGUGUUACUGUCGAUCAUCUUGAUCCUUUUCGAAACCGCACUGAGAUCGGAAUCCGCCAAAGGCAAGAACGGAAAGUGACGCAAACAGUGGUGGCAAUUAUCACCUGUCACAUCUUCACACAUUUUCCCUCAUGCUUACCAUUUGUGUGGGAUUUGGCUGAAUCAAUCUGGCAGUUUCUUUCAUUGGCACCGGUUGUGCCAAAUCAAAAAAUUCGUUACAUUUCGUCAAAUAUCAUCAACUCGGUUCUGCUGUGGGGAAAGACGCAACUGCCAACAAUGAUUGAAGAGUCAACGUGU